CGUUGCGUAAUUUCUGUCUAAUCUAUUUUAAAUUUAUACCAUCCACCUUCGUUUUUGAAGAUAAAAUCUGCAUAAGAACGUUAUCAUAUAUUGAUAGGGACCUUAUUAUUCAUUUUAAAUCUCGAGAAACUAUAAAUAAUCCGGGUAUGUAUUCACAUUCAAGCAGCUGCGUCAAGAGCGUUGUUCUGGGAAAGUCGGUUUCAUUUUGUCGUUUGAUUUGGUACUGAGUUAUGAAAGAAGACCCCAUUUUUCCGUGUUUCUGGUUUAAGCUUUCAAUUGCUUCAAAGAAUUGAGUAGAAGCUCUCUUUUUUGCUCUGUGAAGGUAAGAUUUACUGGACCUUUCAAUAGCUGAUGGUAGCUGUAGAAGAAUAGAUGGAGACAAAGAGGAGGUGACUUUUCUUGAUUUGGGGUUUCUGGGUUUUGGUUUGUAAGUGGUUUAGUGAUCUGGGUGUUGCUGAAAGCUGUGUUCUGUAAUUGGAACUGAAGUUUUUGAAGGUUUUUGUGAUGUGGGCUGAGCGUUUAUCAAGAAGGUAAGCUGGAUAUUGGCAAUUGUGGUUUGGUUUUAACUGGAAAUUGAUUACUGUGACAUCUACAGAUCUGAUUGUGAGGCAGACAAUUCUGAGUGAGCUUCACAAAAAAAUUGAAUCUUUUUGGCAUUGCUAAGAAAUUGCAGUUACCACGAUCUCAGCCCAUUUCAACUACAUGCACUCCCACUCCAGUUGUAUCUCCACCACCUCAAGCACCUCCUUCCAAUAAUGUAACAGAAACUCUUCCUGUCUCACCAGCGUCCCCUCCUUCCAUGGCUACCCCAUCAGCUGCUACGUCUCCCCCUCCUCAGCCUACACCUUCAUCUUCAACCAAAUCACCAUCACCAUCUUCCAGUCCUCCUCCUCAAACAACACCUUCUGAUCCACCUUCUCCUCCUCCUCCUCCUAAUCCACCAGCUAUUUCACCUCCCCCGCCACCACCCCAACCCUCUGAAACACCACCUUCUGAUCCACCUACAAGGCCUCCUUCUCCUCCUCCUAAUCCACCAGCUGUUUCACCUGCCCCGCCACCACCCAAACCCCCUGAAACAACACCUUCUGAUCCACCUACAAGUCCUCCUCCUCCUCCUAAUACACCAGCUAUUUCACCUGCCCCGCCACCACCCAAACCCCCUGAAACACCACCUUCUGAUCCACCUACAAGGCCUCCUUCUCCUCCUCCUAAUCCACCAACUCUUUCACCUCCCCCGCCAACACCCAAACCCCCUGAAACACCACCUUCUGAUCCACCUACAAGGCCUCCUCCUCCUCCCAAUCCAUCAGCUAUUUCACCUGCGCCGCCACCACCCAAACCCCCUGAAACACCACCUUCUGAUCCACCUACAAGGCCUCCUCCUCCUCCCAAUCCAUCAGCUAUUUCACCUGCCCCGCCACCACCCAAACCCCCUGAAAGCCCUGCUCCGCCUGUGCCUGGGCCACCAAAACUUGCUCCACCACAACCACCCACAAAGUCCCCAGAAAGUUCAACUCUACCUCCCAGUCCACCAGAGACUUCACCAGCCCCACCAACAUCCACGCCACCUAAACAUUCCCGUCCAACUCCAGCUGCUAAAUCACCCCAAAAUUCAACUCCACGUCCGGCACCUCCAGAAAGUUCAAACGCUACAAUUCCGGCUCCUCCACCCGCGCCUCCACCAUCUUUGAAUUCUAGAACGGACACCAAUGACUCAGUUGCUAAUGUUCAACCAAGUUCACCAUCCACAGGUGAAGGAGGCCUUAGUACGGGAAGCACAUUAGCAAUUGGUUUGGUACUUGUCCUUUUGUUGCUUAGUAUUGCUGGAACAGCAGCAUGGUGUAUAUGGAAGCGAAAGAAAAAGGCUUCUGGACUUGAUGGGGGUUAUGCUAUGCCAAAUUCUCUAGGCUCUUCCCCAAAAUCAGAUGCGGCCUUAUUGAAGUUACACAUAUCAGCAUCCAACAACAGAAGUGGCUCUGUCCAUGAUUCCAUCUAUUCACCACAUGACCCUGGUGGCUUAGGCAAUUCGAGGUCAUGGUUCACCUAUGACGAACUAGUCAAUGCGACUAAUGGGUUUUCAGUACAGAAUCUGUUAGGCGAAGGAGGAUUUGGUUCUGUGUACAAAGGAAUCCUAGCAGAUGGUAAAGAGAUAGCAGUCAAGCAGUUAAAGUUUGGAGGGCAGCAGGGGGAGCGAGAAUUCAGAGCUGAAGUUGAGAUAAUUAGUCGCAUACACCAUAGACAUUUGGUUUCACUUGUAGGUUAUUGCAUUUCCGAGAACAAAAGGCUACUUGUGUAUGACUAUGUUGCUAAUGAUACCCUCUACUUCCAUCUUCAUGGUAAAAGUAGGCCUGUUAUGGAUUGGGCCACUCGUGUAAAAAUUGCUAUUGGUGCAGCUCGUGGAAUAGCUUAUCUUCAUGAAGACUGUCAUCCCCGUAUUAUCCAUAGGGAUAUCAAGUCGUCGAACAUUCUUCUAGAUAACAACUUCGAAGCUCGGGUUUCUGAUUUUGGACUUGCUAAAUUAGCUAUUGAUGCAAAUUCACACAUUACCACACGUGUUAUGGGAACCUUUGGAUACAUGGCUCCUGAGUAUGCAUCAAGUGGUAAGCUGACAGAAAAGUCCGAUGUGUUUUCUUUCGGGGUUGUGCUUUUGGAGCUUAUUACUGGACGUAAGCCUGUGGAUACAUCUCAACCCCUAGGUGACGAGAGCCUUGUUGAGUGGGUAAGUUCAUAAUACAAGUUCUGUUUGUAUUUUCAUUCAGUAGCAUUUUUCCAUUUAUCGGAGCUAUCUGCUUUGUGAUUCAUGUUAUGUUUAGUGUCAAGAAGCAUGAGGUUGAUCAAGCCCUCAAUUUUCACUCAA